AUGGCUGCGAACUACUGGGCAUCGACCCAGCGCCGACACUGGCUAUUUUCCAGGGAGCGUUUAGCGGAGAUCCGGGACGGCUUCAAAGAGAAGGAUAAAGGCGCCCACUCGCAGUUCCCUCUGCCAGAUCAACGGUUGCUUAAUAUAUAUUUCAAUCAACAGCUCAUUAAACUCGGCAAGAGGAUGUCAACGAGACAGCAGGCACUUGCUACAGCCCAGGUUUAUAUCAAACGAUACUACACGAAAAACGAAGUCAGGACAACGAACCCGUAUCUUGUUCUUACCACGGCGUUCUAUUUGGCCUGCAAGAUGGAGGAAUGUCCGCAACAUAUCAGGUUCGUCGUUGGUGAGGCUCGAGGGCUCUGGCCAGAAUUCAUUGUCCCUGAUGUCUCCAAAAUAGGCGAAUGCGAGUUCUCCCUGAUCUCCGAAAUGCAUUCCCAACUUAUUGUGCAUCAUCCGUACCGAACUCUAUCAGACCUGCAGCCUGAGCUAUCCCUCACGUCAGAUGAAGUCGCGCUCGCAUGGUCAGUAAUCAACGAUCACUAUCUCACCGAUUUACCGCUAUUAUACCCGCCUCACGUCAUCGCAGUCAUGGCAAUCAUCGUUGCCGUUGUCUUCAAGCCUAGCAGCCAGACAGCCUUCCAUGGUUCUGCGGCUCCAAUCGCAGGGGCAAUGCGAGAAGGUAGCAUGAAUAUUCUCGCGGCUCUUGGGGACAGGGGAGGAGCUGGUCCUCCUCCUCGGAUCCAAAAACUAGUUUCGUGGCUUGCCGAGAGCGAAGUCGAUAUCAAGGCAGUCAUUGAAUGUACGCAAGAGUUAGUGUCACUAUACGAAGUCUGGGAGCAGUACAAUGAGAAGAGCUGUAAAGAGCUCCUAGGGCGGAUGGUCAAGACCAAAAGCUUGGACAAGUGA